ACAGGUGUCAAACACGAGGGAGCGAUGUGUGACUUCUGUAAACAGUCGCCAAUCUUCGGCAUACGCUGGAAGUGUGCCGAAUGUAUUAACUACGACCUGUGCUCUCUGUGCUACCACUCGGACAAGCAUAACGUUCGGCACCGCUUCUACCGUAUACUGAAUCCGGGCUCUGAACGGGUCAUCAUUGAGCCCCGGCGUAAGGGCAAGAAGAUUGCCGUUAAAGGCAUAUUCCCCGGCUCUCGGGUGGUCAGAGGUGUCGACUGGCAAUGGGAGGACCAGGACGGCGGAAACGGCAAACGCGGGAAAGUGACCGAAAUCCAGGACUGGUCGGCGGCGUCGCCUCGUAGCGCGGCGUACAUCAUAUGGGACAACGGCGCCAAAAACCUGUAUCGCGUCGGCUUCGAAGGGAUGGCCGACUUGAAAGUGGUGAGUGACGUGAAGGGCCACACCGUAUACCGCGAUCACCUGCCGCUGCUGGGAGAACAGGGCGCCGGCCGGUCCAGCGUUCACGGCUUCCAGAUCGGCGAUAUGGUCAACGUUGACCUCGACCUGGAGAUCGUGCAGUCGCUACAGCACGGCCACGGAGGCUGGACUGAAGGCAUGUUCGAGUGUUUGGGCACCACUGGCACAGUGGUCGGCAUCGACGAAGACCACGACAUUGUCGUACUCUAUCCGAGCACUAAU